UCGCGUCCUCUCCUUGGGGUCCUCGUCCCUCCGCGGUCACGACGACUCUACCGGGAGAGAGCGGCGUUGAGCGAGGGGGAAGUCACGCUGACAGGCUGCCGUGGGCCGGGUCGGGCAGGAUCGGGCUUCCGAAGCGGAGUGUCGAGGCAGUUGGGAUUGUUUGGAAAACGCGGUUAGAGCUGAAGGAGGGAUAGGGCGUUUGUCAGUGUCCGGCCGUAGAUGGGGAAUGAAGACGACGGGAUCGCUGCGGAGAGGAGAAGCGACUUUUGUCCGGCUGACAGAGUUCGUUUAAAGGAUGCUAGGGAAGACACCGGGAAAAUGGUGGUUGCUGUCAGAUCUGCUCACCUUGGCUCUGAUGUCCUCACCCGUAAAAUGGUGUUGAACUCAAGUGUUUCAGAGUGGGUUGUUUUCUGGCCCCAGAGUAUCCCUUAUCAGAGCCUCGGGCCCUUGGGCCUCUUCACUCAGUACUUGGUGGACCAUCAUCAUACCUUCCUGCACAAUGGGUAUUGGCUUGCCUGGCUGAUUCACGUGGGAGAGUCCCUGUACGCCAUGGUUUUGUGCAAGUCCAAAGGCAUCACAGAUGGUCGGGCUCAACUACUCUGGUUCCUACAAACUUUCCUCUUCGGGAUAGCAUCUCUCUCCAUCUUGAUAGCUUACAGACCAAAACGCCAGAAACAGACUUAAAGAAGAUAUUCAAAAGCUUUCUUUACACUAUUGACAUUCAGCUUCACUGUUUUGGGGUGAGGAGGGGGAUGCUGAGUUACUUAUCUUCCUACUUUUCCAGAAAUUUAAGACCCUCUAGUCAUUCAUUAUUCUUUCAUAUGCUCUGGUCAAGCGUGACUAAAUGAUAGGAAAGGAUUUAAACUUUCCAGUUCUGUAGACUCACCUGUUUGGCCAAGGGCUUCCAGCUACCCUCUUGAGGUUCCUAGUCGUGUUCGUGCUCCUUGUGUCAUCUGGUUUAAGCUUGUAUUAAAACGGCUUCUUGGUAUAACUUUGCUCCCACCUUCUGGCCAAGACACCAUACCCAUACUGCCCCAUCUUAGCUCUCCUUUCUCCCAAUUUUUUCCACCUUUCUGAACCAAAACAGAGUGACAUUUCCACAGCACAUCAAUUCCACACACACUAGGCACCUAGGAAGCAGGAUCUUAUCCUCUCAAACUUCCAUUUCUCACACACCAAGAAAGAUAAGGAAGAUAAGCAAGUGCGUGGCAUGAGCCAGGCCCAGCAGUAACCUGGAGGCACAGAGGACACACUGGGUACCUAGAGGAAAGGAUUGGAAAUGCCUUCCCUGAUCGAGCUAGCCAGAAGCCAUCCUUCCCUCUGCAUGGCCCUGAGGACACAGCACUCUGUGGUGUGCAGGGGUCUGAUAGCCACUGCUAGAUGACUCCUUCCAGUCAGGAUCACAUCUUAGCUUGAUUUUUUUUUUUUUUCAGCACCCGUCCCAUUGCCUUACACACAGGUGUUCUGUCAGUGUUUUCUGAACCACAGACCGAAAACUGUAUUAACUUUCCAAUUGUUCACUAUCAUUCCAGUUGUUCUAUGAAAACUAUAGAACCUACUCGGUGUAUUCUCUUCUCAUAGAAAAGCACAGGACUGCCCUUGACUGGUGGUGCCCCCUUUCUCAGGGUCCCUGGUAGGAAACCUGUGUCUUUUUCACACUUGCCUAUUCUUAGUCAUUUUCUCCAAUCUCUGUAGCCUCUCCCUCCAGCUCUGCCUUACUCAAACACAGAUGUUCCUGAGCUAGAAAUUCAAACUGGAAGCUAGUGACUACCUCUCCCAUUCACCUGAGUAGACCUUUUUAACUACUGACUGGUCAGGGCAGGAGGGUCACUGACUCUGUUCCCUGAUCUUGGCAGGAUGACUCUGUCACCUAGGAGCCACUAGGGUUGUUUCUUGGAGGACCACCUAGGCAGUCCCUAGUUCUGUAGGGACUAGACCGUAUUUUCCUUCUACGAUGCAGUAGGGCACAUUUUCUAUUUUAAGCAAACAUUUAUGAGAGCCCUUUGCCGCCAAAAAGAGACCCCAAGUAAAAGUACAACCCUGAAACAUUCUGGACUAUGAAUUGCUUUUGGGGGAGAUGACUUUCUACAACUAAAUUUCAGUUUUUCCUGUUUCUCUUGUCAUGAAGGGAUUGCCUUUUGGUAGAGGAAAAAAAAUUUUUUUAAAGAUUUUAGUUAUUUGACAGAGCAGAAGCAGGGGGAGUGGGAGAGGGAGAAGCAGGCUCCCUGCUGAGCAGGGAGCCCAAUACGGGGCUUAAUCCCAGGACCCUGGGAUCAUGACCUGAGACAAAGGCAGACACUUAACCCACUGAGCCACCCAGGUGCCCUAAGAAGAAAAUUUUUAGCCAUCGAGUUAAACAUCAUGGAAAUCCAACAGAGUUUUUAAAAGCAUGGUCCUCUUGAAAAAGAAACAAUAAUGACAGUAAUAUGAAUGAAUGGUGACAGCAACACUAUGGCAGAUUAUUGAGUGAAAUGAAUUAACUUGAAUAAAUUGCUGUGAAUUGUCUUCUCUA